UCUCGGGGUUUAAACGUGCUCCCUUAUACCUUACAUUUUAUUGUAAUACUCAAGACAUUGAGUUAACCUGUCCGACGUGUCCGUUCAUUUUGUAUCAGUGUGCCUGAGGAUACCGAAACGUCGGUUGUUCAAAAAUGAUGCAUUCUUGCUUUGAACGCAUCUUACAAGCUGUCGUUGAUACUUUUCAAGAUGGUGGUUUUCAUGGCUGGGUGGCUGUGCUGUGUUUGUUUGUAACGAGAGCUGCGCGGGCUACCUUAUUCAAAGGUCUUGGUAUGAUGUUACCAACUCUACAAGAACAGUUCUCCACUUCGACUUGGUUAAUUGGCUGGAUGGUUGCUACUACAGAGGUGGGUGCGCAAGUCGGAGGUUUCUUCGCAACACCGCUUAAAGAAAGGUUUGGCGCCAGAACUGUUGUGAUAGUGUGUGGAUUAACUGCUGGUAUCUCCAUGAUAACUGCAUCACUUAUAUCCAGUUAUGUUAUUGCCAUCAUCCUUACCUUCUUAACAGGACCAGCAAUAGGCAUACCGUACGUGAUAAUGCAACAUCUGAUUGGAUGCCAUUUCAAUAAGUCUAUCACAACGGCAUUUGGAGUAGCGGUCAUGGGCUCCUCGUUAUCAUACGUAGCCGUAGUGCCAUUGAUACAACUUUUUCUAGAUAUCUACGGUUGGAGGGGAACCAUGCUACUACUUGGAGGGUUAUUCUUACAUCUCGCUGUCUGUGGAGCUCUUAUAAAAUCACCUGCUGCCAGUGGUGGGCAAGAUGAUUAUGAGGCAGCUCGCAUUAACGAGGAAAAAGAGGCCAGGGACGACACGGAUGUACCAAACAAGCGAUUUGGCUGUUCAUGUUUUACCGCUGUCUGCUCAUUUGCAAGGGGUACAAUCCAGAGUGAAAUAUACUCAUCUAUGUCCUUCUGGAUUAUUACAUUUCACAGCUGCGUGUGGCCGCUUAUGUACUCUGCGUGGAUAAUAUACUAUGUGCAGUACAGCACUGUGUAUAAAGAAAUCACACUGGAAGCAACCUCACAUUUCAUCGUCGCUUUUGGAAUCGGGAGAGCAGUAGCUUGCGUUUUGAUUGGUCCAGUGGUUCAAAAAACCCAGGUUGUCGGCACGUACACGUGGUAUGGUAUAGCUCUACUUCUGCCUGCCAUUUGUUACGCUGUCGACCCAUGGUUGACGUCUUUUUGGCUGAUUGCCGCGAAUGCUUUCGUGUUAGGAAUCGCUAUAUCUAUGUCAACGAUACUCGAAUCUGUUGUCAUUAAGGAUAUAUUUGGCAAAGAACUAAUGGGACACGUAUUGGGAUCGAUUGCACUUCUGUCUGGUACGGGAUUUCUCCUAUCCUUAUAUUUUCCAGGAUUGAUUUAUGACACCACUGACGACUACACUAUAGCUUUCAGUAUAAUGGGCGGUGUUCAACUAUUGGCUGCUAGUACGUUACCGUUGUUAUACUGGAUCCAGCCUCGCCGCAGUGCAACAGUGCGGCAUCAGUGAUCAGAAUUGGGGCUACAUGAACAAUAAUCGGUGGGCUAGAAUUUUUAAGAAAGCUUUUAAUGUUUAACUGGUUAAAUGUUUGAAUACUGACUGGUCCAGUUGUAUUUGGUGUUUACAUCCCGUU